UCGUGCUGCCGUAACACGAGGCUUCCCCGGGAGAUUCUUCCCGACCGAUAAACUUGCAACCCCGAGGACGCGCACAGUCAAGAAGAGCAGCAUGGGUUCCAGUCAACAGUUUUCUCUUAGGUGGAAUAAUUAUCUAAAACAUAUUACUUGCGCUUUCGACACAUUAAGGACAGAUGAAGAUCUCGUAGAUGUCACUUUGAGCUGCGAAGGCAAGAGGAUCAGGGCGCAUAAGAUGCUCUUGUCAGCAUGUAGUACAUAUUUUAGAGAUUUAUUUAAGGAAAAUCCAUGCCAGCAUCCUAUCAUAAUAUUUCGUAAUGUAAAAUUCGACGAUCUGGCCGCCUUGGUAGACUUCAUGUACCAAGGCGAAGUGAAUGUCGUUCAAGAACAGUUAGCGAGUUUCCUCACAACAGCAGAACUCUUGGCAGUACAGGGUUUGACAGACGGUACGGGAAAGGACAACGACAGUUUAGAGGAUGACAUAGAAAUCCCAAAUGAGCCCGAGGUACAGCUGCAGAACACUUCCGGAAAGUCAUCAGGUGAAAACAAGAGAAACAAAUCGCCCUCUUCUCCGAUUCCGUUCCACUCCGUCGAGUUGCAGCCUGAGAUACAUCCGAACAAGAGGAGAAAAACACGUGACACGAACGCGAGCGCGGAGAAGAAUUCGGCGGGCAGCAACGUGUCGGGGAAGGAUGCCGACAGUAAGACGUCGGAUAGUCAAAGCAGACCGGGUUCGGACCCGGUCGAAAUAAUCCCCCUAAUGCCGAAUCUCAAGUUAGAGAUGCCCGAAUAUUUGGAACAAGACGGCAGCAGCUGUAGCUACGAGGAUCAGAGUUUGGGGGACAAUCCGCUGAACAAAAACACUAUAGACGACACGUCGUCGACGCCCGAUCACGAACAGAAGCUCGACAUCAGUCAGACAUUUUACUCGAGUCAGUCAACGUCGGAUGGUUUGGACGGCAAACAUCAGUCGUCAGAUGUCGGAAUGUCUUGUCUUUUAGGACACCUGCUUUCAAAACCAAGCACUUCGGGAGAGAGGUUAGCGCCGGAAAUAGUACAGGAUGCACGCACGGUGAUCAUCGGACAGCCGUCGCACUCGUGCAAACUCUGCGGUAAAGCGUUUUGGAAUCGGGACUCGAUGUAUAAACACAUGAAUAUGCACAAGGGCACGACCCAGUGCCCGGUGUGCCACAAAGUGCUCAGCCGCACCACGCACAUGAAGCGCCACUUGAAGAACCGCCACGGCGUCGAGAUCACCGCCUUCGCUAACACCGCUGCCACCACCGCCGUCGCCGCUUCCACCGCAGCCGCCGCCGCCGCCUCGGUCGCCACCUCCGCCGCCAACCCGCCGGGGACCGGCGGCGUCGAGACGCCGGCGCCGAUCCCUGUGCCAUCAACCGCGACGAUCGACCAGCAGAACGCCGCCGGCAGCCCCGCGGACAUCGACGCAGCCACUACCUACACGACGAUACGCAUCAGGGAGAGCAGCGUGGAAAGGAUCACCUCUAGUCCUAUUCCUUAGUGCGAAGACAGCCCGCCAAAGAACGACUAGUCCCGUCGACGCGAAAAGAGGAUAGAUCCUCCGGCGAUCCUCGUCCUCCCGUCGCCUCCGUUGCCGGGUCGCGAUUAAUACGUGGUCUCGGAGAAGAUGCCCCGUGUCUUUUAAUUAUAGGUUUGAAGUUUCGAAAAUAUGCCCGUUUUUCUCCCAAUUUUUCCGCGGAUUUCUGCGGCUUCUGUUUAAAGGACACAAAAAUUCGUUAAAAAAAAUUCGCAUGUGUUAAAGUCUGCUGCGUUUACCUUUUUUUUUUAGAGUAUACAUAGUACUCUUUUAGAGUAUACGCAGAGAUUAGUGUAAAUCGGUUCACUGAAAUUUUUGCGUCACUUUAACAUGAGAUUAUGUUAAAAAGUACACAAAUAUAUGUUGAAUUAGCGUAUUUAUCUUGUUAAUGUAACACAAAAAUUUCAGUGGAUCGUUAUUUACACUAAAUUUUUUAUUGUGUAAGAAACCAAAAAAAUCCACGGAAAAACUGGAAAAACGGGGUUUUUCGAAACUUUAAAACCGUACUUUUAUUUUUUCUCUCCCUCAAACGGUCAUCCCCGCGUCUCGGUUGCGCCCGCCGCGAUCGCGUUCGGGAUUCUCUCGAAGGGAAAUUCGUGAGACCGUCGCCUUCACCGCCGAAGACGCGAGACUUUUAUGUCGAUAAAAUAUUGAAUUUAUGUUGAAACAGCGCGAGAGAGUAGUACGGUGUUCUUGCGCGUGUUUUAUCUUUAAUUAAUUGGUCCCGGUUGAUUGACGAAUUUUUAUUCAGAGGUCGAUGGAAAUUAUUCGCACAGUAAAAAGUUUUGUGUCGGGAACGAUCCACUGAAAUUUUAGGUUACUUUAACCUGAGGAAUAUUUGUGUGCUUUUUAACACAAUCCCCGUGUUAAAGUAACAAAAGAUUUUAGUGGACCGUUUUUAACAUAUAAAAUUUUUUCCCGUGCGCUUUUGGCGACGCGCUCUCGUUCAAGCAGUCUCACGGUCUCACGGGCGGCCGCAGAACGAGUAGAAACAGUCGCGAUACGGUACGGGCCGCAAGUGGAAGCGUCGCGAGCAAGUCGGCCAGCGAAGGAAGAGAACGGAUCGCGAACGGGGAAUUGUUGUUAUUGUUGUCUUUUUCGUUGGUAUACAACGCAGUCGCGAUCGAGACCCGUGACACAGUGCCUCAUGGAGGAGCACAAGACGUUUUUUUACGUUUUGAUCGAGAUACGCUAAAACGGGCCAAAGAUUUCGUCGCCGUUCCACCUUGUCCUUGCCGCGGAACGGCGGACGUCGUCGUCGUUGAUUGUUAAUCGCAAUUCUAAGAGGUAGCAUAGCAUAUACCGCAGGGCGCAUAUUAUAUAUUUAUUGCGAGUUAUGCAUAGUUAUAUGCAUAGGAUAUUUAAACGGUGUCAUAUAUCGAGGUAAUUUUAUCGAGCGAUCGGACGGAGGGAUACGACUUGCGUGCCAUAUUUUUCGUUUCGUGUUCCUCAAGUUUAAUCGUUUCGUUCCGUGUUCCUCGAGUUUAAUCGUUCCGCGACGCAGUCCGAUCGGCCGCGCAAGAAUCACUUACCGUGUCAAACACGCGAUCGCGCAACGACCGAAUGGAUAAAAUGAGGAAGAAUCGCGACCGACAUGAUCGAACGGCAUCGUCGAGCGUCGGGUCAUCUAUCCUGCUCUGGAGAGUCGUCGACGGGGAAAAAUUAUAUUAUGCCUGUCUUAAGAAAAAAAAAAAACUUCACACCCUAGUCAUUCAUACACAUACAUAUAUGUGUAUAUAUAUAUGUAUCUAUAUGUGUAUAUGCACAUAAGAAAAGAGACACGUGAAUCAUUCUCAGACACGCAUAUGUACGUACAAGCACACACACAUAUACACGUAUACACACACACACAAAUACAUACACGCACACACUUCACGAACUGAGCCACACGUACACGCGUACAAAGACACAUUUUUGUAACCAAAGACACGAAGAGGGAAAGCGGAAACGAUUUAUUUUAUCUAGUCAAAUCAGUUCAGUACUUAAUAGCGUAAGGAGGAAUGUGCAUUUUUUUCGUGUGACGAUGAUGCGAAAUCGACGGGAAAUCGUGUGAUGAUGCGAAAUCGACGGGGAAAUUCUCCGUUUGAUCGCCGGGCCAAUUGAUCGAUCGAUCUGUCGGAUGAAGACCGGCGAUCGGCGUUUGAUCGUGGUAGAAUUGCUGACGCAAUGGAUUUAUUCGUCACCCCCAUCACUUUUACGAGCGUCCUUAACAGUUUCAUCGAUGAAAGUGGCAGCGAGUCAUUUCCAUAUGCUUGCCUCAAUACACGUGGUUGUAUAUAUGACUAGCCAUUCCCCAGAUCGAGAGUUAUUAGAAAUAUUUUUCCGGAAACCUAGGUAAUCACACCAGACUAUUAUUUAGUCGAAGAGAGACGGCAACGAUGCAUCCGAGCAGCUGUGACACUUUGACAGCUUGACGUUUUGUUUGCAUUCGUAAGGAGGAUUAUAUUUUCAUGUGUUACAUGUAAUCAAGAGAAAAACGCCAAUGUUAUAAUUUAUCACUCUUAAUAUUAAAAUACUAUUGCGGCGACUGAAAAGGAAUAAAACGUGGGGUCUAGCAUAAUGAAAAUGGGAUUAAUCUGGAUUCUUAAUCCAGCAAUCAAUAGUAGUAUUAUAUCAAUGUUAUUAAGUUGUUAUUAUGAUGUUAUUACUUACUACACAGCAUUGUUAUCCUCCUCAAUCAUUUCCAAAUACACAUUAGCUUUAAUCGCAUCACUUUCCUCUUAAUUAUAUGUCACACACGAGAAUAUAAUUCUCUUUACGAGUGCAAACGGAACGUCAAGAUGAACCGACUGAUCAACAGUCACGAUACAUGACUGUUUAGCAACAGAUGGAAGAAAAUUUUUGGUAACUCUCGAUCUGGGAAAUGGUUAGGCACAUGUGCAACUGAGUGUGCGUUCGCGUUAUGAUUUUUAAUUUUAUAUAAUUCUUGUGCGUACACAUAUUUUAUUACAUUUUGUAUCUUACGCAUCACAUCGACGAUUGCCUCCGUAUCUACCCGUUUUUACCACGAUCGAGAAGCGACGUGAUAACGUACGAUUAGUCGUUCUGUGCCAUUUAUGAUUAUCUUUUAGUUGGACGCGUCGACAGUUUUCACCGCCUUUCUGCAUACGACGUAUAGGAUAGGUUGAAUUCUCUCGGUUGCCGUACGUCGACGCGUUUCAAUGUUUCGCGGGAUUCUUUUUCUUCUUUCUUUUUUAAAUCGAACGCAGAUCGCGAGGCACGAUCCGCGUUGAUGAUAUUACGCAUACUCACGUGCCCUAGUUUUUAAGCUCAGAGACUUGCCAAAAAAAAAUAUAUUUAAUAUAUCUAAUAAUAUAUAAUAUUUAGCAUAUAUUGAAUUUUUUUCUUUUCUUAGUUUUAGCCCACGACGGGUGUACAAUUAGGGGAAUUACCGUAGUAUGCAGUAUCGCGUGUUAUUAUUAUUAUUAUUAUCUUUCUUUUGUUUAUUUUUGUUGUUAUUGUUUGUUUCCCAUUUCUUUUUUCUUUUUAAUCAGCUCCGACUUCGUGACUACAUCCAAUGCACGAUUAUGCGCUAGAGAGGAUUCUCACAUCGCCCCAUCUUCAAAUAAUGUCUCGGAGCUCAUCGAUAGUCACUCAUCCCUUAUGUUAUCGCGAUGACUUUUACGUUAAAUUCUUAAAUAAUGAAGAUUUGACAAGAAUAUACAUACACAUAGCUACGUUUGCGUAACGACGAGCAGUUUUAUUGAUUCAAACAUUACACUACCGUCCAUAAGUCCGCAAAUAUGGGUAAAAAUCACGUAAAACUGCAUAAGAUUAUUUGA